UUUUCCUCUGAUCCUUCCUCUUCGUCGUCUUCUUCGUCUUCGUUGAGCUCACCAAACCUCACAUCAAACAGUCUCUUCUUCUGCUUCUGCUUCUUCUCCUUCUUCCAUGGACGCCAAGCCUCCCCAGUCCCGAUUCACGCUCGGCAGGCAGUCCUCCCUGGCCCCCAACCGACAGGGCUCGCGGGACGAUGGCGACGACCCCGAAGGCCUCGAGGCGGUGGAACCCGGGGUCCGCCUCAUGUACUCCGCCAACGAGGGCGAUCUCGACUCGAUUCAGGACCUCCUCGCCUCCGGCACCAACGUCAACUUCAAGGACAUCGACGGCCGCACCGCCCUCCACAUUGCCGCCUGCCAGGGCCGCACCGAUGUCGUCCAGCUGCUCCUCGACCGCAGCGCCGAGGUUGACCCCAAGGACCGCUGGGGCAGCACGCCUCUGGCAGAUGCAGUGUAUUACAAGAACCAAAAUGUGAUAAAGCUCUUGGAGACACAUGGCGCCAAACCUCCUAUGGCCCCCAUGCACGUUCAGAAUUCUCGGGAGGUCCCUGAAUAUGAGAUUGAUCCCAAAGAACUUGAUUUUACUGACAGUGUAAACAUAACUAAGGGAACCUUCCGCAGUGCAUCAUGGCGUGGAAUCCGGGUGGCUGUUAAAACCCUUGGAGAGGAAUUGUUCACUGAUGAAGAUAAAAUAAAGGCUUUCAGGGAUGAACUCACCCUUCUUCAGAAGCUACGUCAUCCAAACAUUGUGCAAUUUUUGGGUGCUGUUACACAGAGCAGUCCGAUGAUGAUUGUCACUGAGUAUCUACCCAAGGGAGAUCUACGGGAGUAUCUGAGGCGGAGAGGUGCAUUAAAGCCCGUAACUGCUGUUAAGUUUGCUCUUGACAUUGCAAGAGGAAUGAAUUAUCUGCAUGAGCAUAAACCGGAAGCAAUUAUACACCGGGAUCUUGAGCCCUCAAAUAUACUGCGGGAUGAUUCUGGGCAUCUGAAAGUUGCAGACUUUGGUGUCAGCAAAAUGCUUAAAGUUGCAAAAACUGUUAAAGAAGAUCUACCUGUGACCCGACAAGACACUUCCUGGCGAUAUGUGGCUCCAGAGGUUUUCAGAAAUGAAGAAUAUGAUACAAAAGUAGACGUAUUUUCAUUUGCUUUAAUCUUGCAAGAGAUGAUUGAAGGCUCUCCACCGUUCUCUUCAAUACCCGAAUAUGAGGUUCCCAAAGCUUAUGUUGCUAAUCAGCGCCCACCAUUUAGAGCUUCAGCAAAGCGUUAUCCUUACGGAUUGAAAGAGGUAAUUGAAGAGUGCUGGCAUGAAGAGCCAUUCAACAGACCGACCUUUAGUCAAGUGAUUAAGAGAUUGGAUUAUAUCAAUGACCAAAUCGCUCGUGACAACCGCUGGAAGGCGAAGCCGCUUAGGUGCUUCCAGAAAUUGGGCUUCAUUUUAAAGAGGGACUAUUCGAAUCCAAGCACCCGGUCGUCUCAGUCCACCACAAGAUGAUUGAGAGUCUUGCAUUGAACUACUUUCUUACAUCUUGAAUGCCAUGUGCACAGGGUUUUUGCAGCCAACUUGCUGCUUUGCUAUGGAUGGAGAAAGAUAUAUGUAAACUGCCCCGCAGUUAUUAUUUGUUCCAUGGGAAUGUGGAAUGCAGAGGAUUCACUGCAGGUAGAGAUUGGUGACAUGAGGAUCAGUUGCUGCCUUCGUCUCUGCAGAAAAGCCUGAACUUUUGGGCAUAUAGUUGAAAUUUGGCUUGAGAUGUUUUCUUUCAAUGAUUUCAGUCCAGAGAGGGCUGCAAAUGCAGGAUUUUCUCUUCCAAAAGAUAUACGAAGAUUCAGGGUCGUGUAAUGAAACAUUAACUGAAGAGUAUGUGUUGAUUGUAGUCUGCUUUGCAGGUUUUCUUUCACGUAUGUGAACAAUGUAACGGUGAGUUUUUGUCGAGAA